UUCGAGGCGGACCUCAGUCGGCCGCGAGUCCUCGGACGGUGAGACUCGUUGUUUUUCUGUAUUCGUAAAUCUUCGUUUACGACCGUCGUUCUCGUUGGCUGAGAUAACACAGGCAUACGGAGAAUAAAGAAAAGAUAGUCUUUCCAAGUCUCGAUCGUCUUCGUUGUGUCUUCGUUUCAAUACUCCAUCGUCGGUCGUCGGUUAUCGUCGUCGUCGUCGUCGUCGUCGUCGUCGUCGUCCUCGUCGUCGUCGUCUUCUUCGUCGUUGUCGUCGUCAAAGUAUCGAGGUCGAGAGACAUUUAUCCACUAAGGGAUAAUCGAGAGUCGCGGUAUAUCGGACGGCGGAAGGAUGUGAGAGGACUAUAUGGGUGAACACCAAACGGGCAGAGCAGAUCCGUCGAAAUCACGAACACGUGGCGAGACGUGAAGCGGGCGUUGAGCCUGCUGUGCAUAAAGAAAUUCUUCGGGAGUGCGACGAUGCUGGAGGCUCCACCCGGAAGUCGCGAAGAUCUCGUGGAAGCAGCGAGAACUCCAUGUACGCCUACAGAUCUGGACACGAUGUUGUACGGAUACACAAACAGCAUAUACGUGCUGGACCACACUCCGGAGUCCUUGCCGGACAUGGAUAUGCUGCAGCUAUUUGCAUCGCCAGCAGGACGAGCACUUCUAAGUAAUGACAAUCGACCGAGAGGAUCGACGACGACCUCCUCCUUGUCUCGAGAAUCCUCCUCGAGGCUGAAGAGCGGCAGAAGACCAUCUGGCACCGGUACAGUUAGCGCGCCUACUUCGCCGCCGAGGCAACGAAAGUCAAGCGCUGAGCUUUACAAGGAGGCCGUAGAAAUUCUUGGACUUACCUGUUCUCUGACCGACAGUUGCCGAUGCAUUGACUGUCAGAGUAAUUAUUUCGACUGCGACGACGAUUGCGGCGAUGCUAGAACGGAAUUGGCCGCGGGUACUCCCAUACUGCUAGAUCACGCUAUGUCGCAUCCGUUGACAUGUUCCAUACAGUAGCAGGCCAAGCGGAUGGAAGCUGCAUCGGAGAUGAAGCCGCAUCGUCGACCCUCUUAUUAACUCAGCCUGCCACGCAUCGAAAACUUAUCGGAAGGAUUUUCCUUCGAAAAGAAAAAACUAAUCCUACGGGGCCGAUCGUACGCCGAAUAGACGAUUACAAGAAUAAGCGAAAGAUCUUAUUAGGUGUUAUAAAAACAAAAAAAUUGAAGGAGGAAAAGCGACUUUCCUAAAGAUUAAGGACUUCUGUAAAGAGAAAGGAAAAUAAAGAAUAUAUGCACAUGUGGUAGAGAAAUACGUAUACGUGCGAGUAGAAUCGAUUCGUCGAAUUCGUCGAAAGAAAAACGAAAAAGUAAAGCUUUCCCUCCUUCGUAAGGUCGUCUUCGAUCGUAACCGAGUUAUCUCGCAACCCGUCUUUCGGUAGUUAGUCCUGUCGAGUUUCUACAUCUCUUUUCACUAUUUUCAGCUCGAAUUAUCUUUCUCGAAUGAUAUCAGAUCGGGUCUACGCACGUGUGUGUACUAUUUGAAAAAUUCUUAAACAAGGAGGCACGUUGAUCGACGAUUAUCGGAGAUUAGGAAGACGAAUAAAGGGACGCUAAUGGCAAACUACGCCAAACUAUCGAUAGAAGGAAGAUUAAGGACGAAAGUCGAGAUAGCGUUGAUCGAGUUAAUCCACGUACGGUGUCGGAGAAAAUUAUAUUGAUACGCUCGUUCGUAUAUAGAUAGAUAUUAUAUUUACUACUCGUUUUAUUAUCAUCAUCAUCAUCAUCAUCAUCAUCAUCAUUAUUAAAUUGUUAUUAUUACAAAUUAUUUAAGUCUAGCGGAAUAAAAUAUAUCGUUGAAUCGUACCCUCAAAUUUAAACUAAACAUAAUAUUACCGACGAGAAAAAUCCGUAUUACGUGAAAAUUCGAGUACGGACUUUCUCGCCACCUCCCUCCCCUCUCCCGCGAUUUCGCCUUCUUUCGACUAACGAGGAGUACCAAGGUCUGCACAUUACGUAGAUCGCAAUGAUAAUGAUAUAUAUAUAUAUAUAUAUAUAUAUAUAUAUAUAUAUAUAUAUAUAUACAUGUGCGCGUGUGUGUGUAUACAUAUAUGUAUAUGUAUAUAUAUGACGUACCUACAAUAUAAACGAAGUUAGGCCUGAGAGUUAAUUAUGCGUUCAUUUGUUUCGAGAAUGUAGCGAUAUGCGUAAUGGGUAAAGGAAUGGCGAAGGUGGCUAGUCGACAAGAAAGCUCGACGCUUUCGACGUGACGGAUUUAAUGAUUAUGAUGGAACGAAAAUGUGACGGUUGAAUUUAUUAUCGUACGAAAAAGGGUUUUUUUAGUGCCAAACAAGAUUUUGCACGUAGUACGCGUGCGACGUUCGUAAGGUAAACAGCUUACGAAUUAUGUGUACCUACCUUGUUGCUAAGCUUGCCAGAUUAUUAAAUGAAUACUUAAAUAAUGAAUGAAUAAAUAAAUAAAUAAAUUAAUAAAUAAAUAUAAAUAUAUAUAUAUAUAUAUGUAUAUGUGUGUGUGCGUGUGUGUGUGUACAUAUAUAUAUAUAUAUGCACAUAUAUAUAUAUAUAUAAAUAUACAUACGUACGUGCAUGUGCGCGCGUGUAGGUACGGGUCGAUCGUACGAGAUAUACCGUGAAGUUUUGAGCGCUCUAAUCGAGUUUUCUAUGUACACCUCGAGUUACAAACCGAAGCCUUUCUCCGACUACAUUUACAGGAUUUCGUACUUGCGUACGAGCGUAGACGUAUACAUCGUUAAAAGUACAUAUAAAAGCAAAAGACGAUCCAUCAUUUUUCCUGUGUUUGACGAGAGAGCGGAAACAAGAAGAUAACGUUGUCAUAUGUCGUUACGUUCUUUUUCUUUUUUUUACAACGAGACAACUACCGAGUUACCCGAGCCUCUUGGCAACAAGAUUUCUCGAGGAUAUCUUAUAAUGGGACGCUGACUGCCAGCAGCGAAUUAUCGUACAAUUUACAAGAUUUCGAUUUCGAUUUCGAUUUCGAUCUCGAUUAAAUGCGUCUUCCUUUAUCCAAGCGUUCGCGCAUAUUCUAAUCGUUUGCGACUUGUUCGCUCUCGUACGUAUGUAAUGUAUAUCCAACGAUCUUCCAAGUCGUCGUUUUAUAACGCGCGAAAUUAUUCGAUCUCAUCGAGAUAUCAUCCGAUUUCUAAAUCUGCGAUUGCCACGAUGGAAUCUAAUUAGAAUAGGAAGCUUUAAACAUUUCAAUGUUUCCGAGAAACAAACUGUCAAAGACAAGGGACGUUUUACUUUUCGAAAUCGUUCAAUCGUUAAUUAUACGCUAUAUCCGAUUAGAUACUCAUCGUUCGUUCUCUUCUCGAUAUGUCUACGUGUUACUGCCUUUUUUACUCGCGAACGAGAACCUAUCGAUUUCUUAUCGCGUAGAAACGAUCGAUCGUAAAUCGAUCGAUUUGCGAUUUAGCGCACGACGAUUAGCAUCGGAUCGGCAACAUUCAUUUUCUCAUCCGCGAAAGUACAUUAGCGAAAUCAACAAUAAGUCCUCCAUCCUCCGAGCGAGAAGCAUUUAAUAAUCGAAGAUAAUUCGAAGGCGCGACAGAUAUCGAGCUCUCUGUCUUUUAAUCAUUUUAUAGCGACACGAUUACGAAUAAACCAAAACGCAUUCCUGUAAACUGCGAUGGCGUACUCUUGGAUAUGGCUAAUAUUCAAAUAUAGCAUAAUAAAGUAUAGCUCGAUUUUCGUUUUAA